GUCGGCGUUGUCCUAACGGCGCAUACAACUUCACUUGACACAACUUCACUUCUCUUCUCGUACUUUACAUCACAUUCGGAGUUCACCUCAACUUUAAUAAACAUCACUGAAACUGCUGAACGGUUGUGCAUGCAUCACGGUGUUGAUGAUUUCCGUUGACGUACCCUCUCCCUAAAAUGUAGCCCUGUUACAGGGCUGCAGUAUGAACUUCGUGAAUCAUCUGCGAAUCGUUUUUGGUCCGUGCAACCUGCUGAAAGAGGGGGGUGUGCAUGGCAAGGCCCCAUUAGUGCGACCGCCACUGCGAUGAGUACCGUGGGGGCGGGCGUUACGAGCCCGGGACAAGUAGCAGCUCGGACGCCGACGGCCCCCAAACGACCCGUCCGACGUGGCGGCAAGGCGCCCCCGGAUCGUCCGCAACGUGCCCUCUUUUGCCUCUAUCUCAAGAACCCCCUGAGAAAACUAUGCAUUGACGUCGUUGAAUGGAAACCAUUUGAAUGGUUAAUUCUUCUUACAAUAUUCGCAAAUUGUGUUGCCUUAGCUGUUUAUACACCUUUUCCUAACACCGACUCAAAUACUACCAACGCAUAUUUGGAAAAAAUAGAAUACAUCUUUCUAGUAAUUUUCACUACAGAAUGCGUAAUGAAAAUACUGGCGUAUGGAUUCCUCAUGCAUCAAGGGGCGUAUCUUCGGAAUGGUUGGAAUUUACUUGAUUUUACAAUUGUAGUUAUAGGGUUAAUUACUACUGUAUUGCAAAACCUCAGUAAAGAAACUUUCGACGUUAAAGCUCUUCGAGCUUUUAGAGUUCUCCGACCUUUAAGACUUGUCUCUGGUGUACCUAGUUUACAAGUUGUGUUAAACUCAAUUCUUCGUGCCAUGGUGCCUUUACUGCAUAUAGCUCUGUUAGUACUAUUUGUUAUUAUUAUUUAUGCAAUCAUUGGGUUGGAAUUAUUCUCAGGAAAAUUGCAUAUGACUUGUUAUGAUAACACAACAGGUAAAGAGAUGGACGAGCCUCACCCUUGCGGUGGGGGUUUUGAUUGUUCUCAGAUAGAUGCGAACAUGGUUUGUAAAGAUGGCUGGACAGGUCCAAACGACGGUAUUACCAAUUUUGAUAAUUUUGGCCUCUCCAUGUUAACUGUUUUCCAAUGCAUCACCCUCGAGGGCUGGACUGAUGUACUUUAUAAUAUACAAGAUGCAUUGGGCAGAUCAUGGCAGUGGAUUUAUUUUGUUUCGAUGGUCAUUCUAGGAGCAUUUUUUGUGAUGAAUCUAAUUCUUGGUGUGUUAAGUGGUGAGUUUUCCAAGGAAAGAGAAAAAGCAAAAGCUAGAGGAGAUUUCCACAAGUUAAGAGAAAAACAGCAGCUCGAAGAAGAUCUUAGGGGUUAUCUGGAUUGGAUUACGCAAGCUGAAGAUAUCGAACCAGAGGGCGAAGAUCAUCAAAACCAAGACAAUAGAAAUAUAACUCAGAACGAGAUGGAAUCCACCGACCACAUCGGAGAGGAGGAAGUUCAGCAGGAAUCUUGGUUCAAACGGAAGAAAAAGAGCUUCGAGAGGGUUAACCGACGAAUGCGAAGAGCAUGCCGUAAAGCCGUCAAAUCUCAGACAUUUUAUUGGCUUAUUAUUAUUUUGGUAUUUUUGAAUACUGGAGUUUUAGCCACGGAACAUUACAAGCAGCCACAAUGGUUGGAUGAUUUCCAGGAAUAUACAAAUAUGUUUUUUAUCGCUCUGUUUACGAUAGAAAUGUUGUUAAAGAUGUAUAGUCUAGGUUUUCAAGGAUACUUUGUAUCAUUAUUUAAUAGAUUUGAUUGUUUUGUUGUAAUUGGCAGUAUCAUGGAAAUGAUUUUAACUAAUACUCAUGUGAUGCCUCCGUUGGGAAUAUCUGUGUUACGUUGUGUUAGAUUAUUGAGAGUAUUUAAAGUUACCAAAUAUUGGAGAUCGUUAUCAAAUUUAGUCGCCUCUCUGUUAAAUUCAAUUCAGUCUAUUGCGUCACUGUUGCUACUACUGUUUCUGUUUAUUGUUAUUUUUGCACUUCUUGGAAUGCAAGUGUUUGGUGGAAGAUUUAACAAGGAUACGGAAGAAAAGACUAGGUAUAAUUUCGAUAGCUUUUGGCAGAGUUUGUUGACAGUGUUCCAGAUUCUUACUGGUGAAGACUGGAACGUAGUUAUGUAUGAAGGUAUAGCAGCAUAUGGGGGAGUUGAGUCUCCUGGUGUCUUAUCCUGCAUAUACUUUAUUAUUCUGUUUAUUUGUGGUAAUUAUAUCCUACUAAAUGUGUUCUUGGCUAUUGCCGUGGAUAAUUUAGCUGAUGCCGAAUCUCUUACUGCGAUCGAAAAAGAAGAAGAAGAAGGCGAACGAAAAUCGGCAAGUCCGACGCCGCACGAGGAAGUAGAAGAAGAGCAUAGCGUAGAAGAGGAGGAAACCGAUGAUGGACAAUAUUCCGGAAGAUCAGAACAUGACGAGGAACAUGGAUCACAAACAAAGAUUGCUGAAGAAGGAGAAUUCGAAGAAGAACCAAAUGAAGAGGAGGAUGUAGAAGAAGUGGACGACGAUGAGGCAGAAGUCGUAACAAAAGAGACGGCAAGACCUAGACGAUUGUCCGAGGUCACCAUUGUUAAGAAAAUACGCCCUAUUCCAAAAGGCAGUGCCUUCUUUAUAUUUUCACAUAAGAACAGGUUUCGUGUGUUCUGCCACUGGCUAUGUAAUCACAGUUACUUUAGCAAUAUGAUUUUGGUGUGUAUUAUGGUAUCUUCAGCAUUACUAGCAGUUGAGGACCCAAUAGACACGGAGUCUGAAACCAAUAAGGUGCUGUCAAAAUUUGACGUAUUUUUUACAAUAAUUUUUUCAAUUGAACUGAUGCUCAAAACCACUGCAUAUGGGUGCAUCCUUCACGACGGUGCCUUUUUACGUUCGGCCUUCAAUAUGUUGGACUUACUUGUGGUUUGUGUGUCGUUAGUUUCUAUAUACAAUAGCCAAGGUGCAAUGAAUGUGGUAAAGAUUUUAAGAGUAUUAAGAGUUCUUCGUCCGUUAAGAGCAAUUAACAGAGCUAAAGGAUUAAAGCAUGUAGUCCAGUGCGUGAUAGUUGCGGUUAAGACCAUCGGCAACAUUGUACUGGUCACGUGCCUUCUACAGUUCAUGUUCGCGGUAAUAGGAGUGCAAUUAUUUAAGGGAAAGUUGUCGCACUGUACUGAUAGAUCCAAGAUGACGGCAGAUGAUUGCAAUGGAACGUACUUGGUAUAUGAAAAUGGAGAUAUAGGAAGACCGUCGAUGAAAGAAAGAAGUUGGGACCCGAAUAGAUUUCAUUUCGACAAUGUACUGAAAGCGAUGUUGACUCUGUUUACAGUAUCAACAUUUGAAGGAUGGCCAGCUUUACUUUACGUUUCCAUAGACUCAUAUGAAGAAAAUAAAGGACCAAUUCACAAUUACCGCCCUAUAGUUGCAGCAUAUUACAUAGUAUAUAUUAUUAUUAUCGCUUUUUUUAUGGUUAACAUAUUCGUCGGUUUCGUCAUUGUUACAUUCCAAAACGAAGGUGAACAAGAAUACAAGAACUGCGAACUGGACAAAAACCAGCGCAACUGUAUAGAAUUUGCUCUGAAGGCUAAACCUAUUCGUCGGUACAUUCCCAAGCAUCGAAUUCAAUACAAGGUGUGGUGGUUUGUUACGUCGAGACCUUUUGAGUAUGCCAUAUUUACACUUAUUUUGACCAACACCAUAACGCUGGGAAUGAAGUUUUCGCAUAAAGAGGGUGAAUAUCAAAUUUACGAAAAAGUUCUUGACUAUCUUAAUAUGAUCUUCACUGCUGUAUUUGCCAUGGAAUUCGUCUUCAAACUGGCAGCAUUCAGAGUAAAGAACUAUUUUGGAGAUGCUUGGAACCUAUUCGAUUUUAUAAUCGUUUUGGGCAGUUUUAUUGAUAUUGUAUACCAAGAUGUUAACCCUGGGGCUUCUAAUCCCCAAGGAUUCCAGUUAUCUGGAAAUUUUUUUCGUUUGUUUCGUGUUAUGAGACUCAUUAAGUUGUUAAAUAGAGGAGAGGGUAUACGAACGUUGCUCUGGACGUUCUUAAAAUCAUUUCAAGCUCUCCCUUAUGUUGCCCUAUUGAUUGUAAUGUUGUUUUUUAUCUACGCCGUAAUAGGAAUGCAGAUGUUUGGAAAAAUUGAAAGCAAUAAUGUGGAAUCGUCGUCGUCAAUAACCAGGAAUAAUAAUUUUGGUUCCUUUUUCCAAGCAGUAUUGGUGCUGUUCAGAUCUGCCACUGGUGAAGCAUGGCAAGAAAUAAUGAUGGAUUGUGCAGAUACCCCUGCAGCCAAAUGUCAUAGCAAUCUGAAGAAGGCUGUAGCAACUUGCGGAUCUGUUGUAGCGUACCCUUUCUUUAUUUCAUUUUAUGUACUUUGUUCAUUUCUGAUUAUCAAUCUGUUUGUAGCUGUUAUUAUGGAUAAUUUUGAUUACUUAACACGUGAUUGGUCUAUUCUUGGACCGCACCACUUAGAUGAAUUCAUAAGGCUGUGGAGCGAAUACGAUCCAGACGCUAAGGGCAGGAUAAAACAUUUAGACGUCGUAACUCUUCUUAGAAAAAUUUCUCCUCCCCUUGGAUUUGGUAAACUGUGUCCGCAUCGCGUAGCAUGUAAACGUUUAGUUUCCAUGAAUAUGCCUCUAAACAGUGAUGGUACGGUGUUGUUUAACGCUACGCUAUUUGCCGUGGUCCGAACAUCCCUGCGUAUCAAAACCGAUGGACCCAACAUUGAUGAUUGCAAUGCAGAGCUUCGAGCUGUGAUCAAAAAAAUCUGGAAGAGGACGAGUCCAAAGUUGUUGGAUCAAGUUGUGCCUCCACCUGGAGUGGACGACGAAGUCACCGUGGGUAAAUUCUACGCGACUUUCCUCAUUCAGGAUUACUUCAGGCGGUUCAAGAAGAGAAAAGAGCAGGAGAUGAGGGACGGAGAUAAAGAUAUUCAGAAUACCGUUACACUUCAAGCUGGGUUGCGUACGUUACAUGAGGCUGGUCCAGAACUGAAACGCGCCAUCUCAGGCAAUCUAGAUGAAUUAAUUGAUGACAAUCCCGAACCAAUGCAUCGUAGAAAUCAUUCACUCUUCGGAAGUGUAUGGUCUUCAAUGAGACGAGGUCAUACUUUCAAUAGAGCGAAAUCUCUGAAGUUAAAUUCAACCCAAAUCAAAAUUACACCGGCUUCCAGCGUCGACUAUCUUCCAUACAAUUCUAUUAAGAAUGCCGUCACAGAAGGGAUGAAUCACAUUACUUCCAUGACGAAAAACGUUCAAAACCGUGUUAGCGCUAGUUCCUUGAACAAUCAGGAUAACUAUAAGGAUGAAGAAAUUCCUCUGAGGUCUCUUAGUAAUCUGCAUAAUGGAGAUGAGAAGAAUAACUACACGGUCAUCGAUCUGCAGGGCGACAGGACAAUGGCGGCGGAACUGACGCCACCGACCCCUCCACCGCGCCGCGUUCGCCUUGGACUGGGGGCCGUUUGCAUGCCAGCCACAGCCACAGCUACAGCUACACCUACAUCCACACCCACGCCCUCAUCUGUGCCUGCGCCUACAGUGACUGCGCCUGCGCAACAAACACCGAGCUUUAAUCGCAUUGCAAGCGGGCUCAAACUCGCGCAAGCGCAAGCUAUGGCAGUCGCAGGCUUCUUGCCAGAGCCUACGCUUGGUGAUUUGCCCCUUCCUCUCGGGAGACUACACCCGUCCACCUCUGACUACGAAGGAGAUAGCAGGCAUGUGCCUUGUACUUUUCUGAAUCACAGGGCUUCCUUCCACGGCAGAGUUGGAGCAGGUGAGGCGAAUGGUCACGUGGGACCAGAGCGUCUUAGCCAUUCACUGCCUGGCAGUCCGGCCGACCGUAGACUUGCUUCCUUCGAAGUCGUAGGCUCUGCGGAAAGCCUGGUAGGCCGAAUCCUAGCCGAGCAAGGCUUAGGUAAGUACUGUGAUCAGGAUUUCGUGCGCUACACCUCGAAAGAGAUGCAAGAGGCAUUGGAUAUGACUCAGGAGGAAAUGGAUCGCGCAGCCCACCAGAUUCUUCAACAGGAGAAACUUAUACAUCAUCCUCUGCAGCAGCCACAUUCAUAGCAAAACACCUGAGAGUGUUUUCAGUACCUCCCGCCACUCUACCAAGUGCCUAAAUUUCUUCUGGUCCAAGGAAGACUUUAUAUUAAUAAGGUGUAGUUUUUUAACCCGGAUUUUACCGAUGGAAGGGAUUGUUUCUCCAGUUGUAAUUCUUGUACAGGGUGUGAAAGUAUGAGUAUGAACUCUCAUUAUAAUUUACCAUUUUCUAAUAUCAAAUGUGUCAAAAUAAUAAUAACAAUAAAUAUUACUUUUCAUCUAACAA